AUGAGUGGCUUAUCAGAUCACUUACAUUCAGGCCAAACUGGUGCUCCAGUGGGCUGUGGUGGGACUCAGACAGAGGGUAAAGCGUGUGUCGGGGGGCUGGAGGGGCUGUCAGGGCCUGAGCUCUGGACCAGGGAGCUCGGGCUCCAGGAGGGGUCCCAGGAUCCCUCUAACGAUGGACUGGCACCGGUGACUUCCGACCGCUUUUCCUCCUCCUCUCCUUCUGCCCUGGCCAACGGUCUUCAUCUACAGAGAAGGCUGGGGCACGGUACCUGCCGACGGAGGCAGACGGAGAUUCAUACUACUGCUGAGACGCAUACAUUUGCGGACACACUUAGAAACAUGCAAACGCACAUAGACCCAGACGAACAUGCACAGGCUGUUUCACACACACACAUGGAUGAUUGUGGACACAUGGAUAUCAACGCACAUACAGGCUCUGUUGCGCCAGAACGCUCCAGAACUCUCACACCACCAGAGGCCAUUCACACAACCUCACCUCAACCCCUGUCUUUGGCACUUGGCAAUCAUCCUGCCUCCACCAAUCAGCUGGCAGGCCCAGUCCUUACCGCAGAGACAGAAAUGCCCUCAACCUUUUGUCCAGUCCCUAUUGGUCCAAACCCAAACGCAGGCUCCUCUUCUCUUCCUGUUGAGGCAGAGAAGAAGUAUGAACUCCGCAGCUCCGGACGUCCCCGCUUCCCCUGUCACCUGCGCAAGUCCUCCCGCCUCCGUCGCAGCAUAGAGGAUGGGGAGAAGAGAGCAGGGAGGGAAAGGGGAGGAGAGGAGGAGGAAGAAGUACUGGAGAAGAUCUGGAGGGUUAAAGAAGAGGAAGUGGCUGUUGCUGACAAAGAAGAGCAUGUGUCCGUGGAGGCUGUUCUCCCCACAGCUCCUUGCCCUACAGACAUUGCUCUUGCUCUAACUGUACCCAAACCUGUUCCUAAAGCUAUACCUAAACCUGGGCCCAGAAUUGGGCAUAGACCUGGACCUAAAUCCAGGUCUAGGCCUGCCCCUAAAUCUGUCCAAAAAGCAGCUCCUAAAAGUGUCAUGAAAAAGCGCCAGGCAGCCCAGUCCGUGGCUCAUCGCGCUACCUCUCAUCUCCCUUUUGUAAACACAUCCCCCAUCCCUGCACCUCUGCUAACUGUGAAGGAGGGACCUAUUGCAGAGUUGGGGGUGACUUCUGCCAACAACCGGAGACGUGGGCGAUUUGUCGGCGUGAGGAAGAUUGUUGUCAAGGUGGCUCGCAUUCCCAUCAGCCUUAGCCGCAGACAGAAGAGCUACAAGAUUUCCAAUUUGGAGACAGUUACAGGGCCAGAGAAAGGCCAUGAUGGCGGGUUGGAGGGCUCAGAGGUAGCUCGAGAGCCGACCGCACUGCUCCGCAUGAAGAACAAUGGGAAGAGUGUUAUGGUAAUGUUCCCUCCUGGAGAACUGCCUGUUAUUUUGAAGCGCAGGCGGGGACGACCACCUAAACAGUCUCUGCCAGGAAUACCGGGAGAGCCUCAGAAUGCGGGGAAUGGUGGUAAUGGAGACCAGCCCAAGAAGCCCCAGAGGCGGCGUCGGACUAAACUCCCAUCCCCUUAUCCAUCCUAUGUUAAUGAUACUAAUGAUGUGAAAACAGAGUAUGGGGAUGUUCUUUCCAAACUGGCCUUUUUAAACCGCCAGCCCCCUGCCACUGGCCGUUGCUCUCCCCCUCGCUGCUGGACACCCAGUGAGCCAGAAAGCUUUCACACGCCCUUGGAAAACCCUGGAAUAUCCACCUUGCUCCACCGGCUCACUGGGUAUAGACGCCCCCGAGGUGGCAGAGGAGGGGGCACUGGAAGAGGUGGAGGAGCAGCAGGGGGGAUUGGGGGCAGUGAGCGCAAUAAGAGCACUUUCAGUGACUUCUUUGAAUCCAUUGGCAAGAAGCGGAAACCAAGCCCCAUUUCUGAGCAUGGAUUACCUAGGAAAAGGGGAAAGGGUGUAGGUGGGGUUGGUAGGGGAGGGGGUGUCGUAGGAACUGAGCCUGGAGGUGAGAAAAUAGUCAGGAGGAGACGCGUGAGAAAGAAUGGUGCAUUUAAAGGGGAGGGGGUGUCCACAGGGCAGGACUGGCCCAAUGGGGCAGGUGGUUGGGGUGAGGAGGGGGGUAUGGACAAGGAGAGGGGUUUGGGUGGGUAUCAGCUCUGUGGAUCUCCAAGGGGGGGCUUCUCCUCCUGUGAGGUUGGAAGGGGAGGUGCUUACAGCAGUCCAGGAGGAAGUAGAGGGGUUGGGCCAGCUGGGGAGGACUCACAAGGCCUGUUUGCUGGAUAUUUCCGGUCACUCCUCGACUCAGAUGAUUCAUCAGACCUGUUAGACAUCUCCUCCUCGCAGUCAGACCCCCGCAAAGCUUCAUCCACUCCUGGUUAUGAGCCAUCCAGUCCAGCUACUGGUCACAGCUGGUCCUCUGCAUUCCCCAAGUGGAGCAACAAAGGUGCAGGUUCUGGGGUGGAGGGUUCAGCCCAGACACAUUGUUCCUCAGCCAGACCUCCAUACAGCUAUGGCAGCCUGGCCCAAACAUCGCCCACCACUUCUACCUAUCCCAAAUCCACUCCUCCAACUCUCUCACACUCUCCUAGCUCCCCCCAUCCUGCCUCUUAUGGCCACUACUCAUCUGGUUACUCCUCCUCUUCUCCUGCAGUGCCACAGAGAUCUGCAGACUGCAGUUUUGCAUAUGGAUCUGGACACAACAGCGGCAAGGCCACCACUGUUGGUCAAAUGGGUUAUUCUAGCUACCAGGCAGCAGUGAAGCGAGGCUAUAGUGGAUAUCCUGCAGCAGGUCAUUCCUCCAUGGUGCGGGGUGAGUCAACAGGACCCACAUCACCAGGAGGAGGGUACAUGUCUGUGGCCAAAAGUAACCCCUUCAGCUCCUCCUCCUCUCCAGAAGGUUACAAACAGUACAACUCCAAUCAGUGGAGCUUCAGACAAGGUUUUGGUGGCUGGUCAACAGACAGCUUUGGGCAUCAGUAUCACAGCUACAGUGAAUAUGGCUCCAAUGAGUCCAAAGACAUCUUGGAUAUUUCCAACUAUACCCCCCAGAAGGCCAAGAGACAGCCUUUUCCUGAAAGUCUAUCAGAAUCCUCUUCUGAUUCUUCACAUCUUGGAUCUGCAGCUGCUGGUAGUGGACCCAGCUCUACAGGUGGCACAUACAAGCAGAAUGAGGCUGCGUCUGUUAGUGGAGAGGGGGGUCAAUCAAGUCUGUCCAGCCUAGAGAAGUUGAUGAUGGAUUGGCACGAGAGUGCUUCGGGGCCCUCGUACAACUGGAGUCAAAAUGUCCUCUUCCAGGGUGGGGGAACCAGCAAACCUGGCCGCGGUCGCAGGAAACGGACUGAACCACAAUCAGAAAAAGAAGGGGGUUCAGCUUUACACUCUGAUUCUCCAUCCAGUCCCUCCCCGACGCCUACUCCUGGACCUAAGCGGGGAGGGGUUGGAGGACGGGGAAGAGGGUCUAGAGGAGGCAGAGGUGGUUUGUCUCCAUGUCAAAGAGAGCGGCCAUCAGGUGCCAAAGGCAGGGGCAAGGCUGCCUCUGCAUCCGGAGCGGGAGGAGCAGUGACUGCUGGAGGUCCAGAGGGGUCUGGGCUGUUCCAGGAGGGGCUGGACUAUUACAGUGGAGACAGUAGUAGCCUCUCUCCCCUGGCCACUCCCAAUCCUGCACCACCUUCCAGCUACCUCCAGGACCCCUGUGAGUACCCUUCCCCUUAUUCUGCCCACCCCUCCACACCGUCCUCUGAGGAGCGAUAUCCAGCCUUAUACCCUGGAGAGUCCUCCUCUUCCCUCUCACCCAGCGUCUCAUCUCCCCCUUACCCUCCCAAGCCCACCCCUCCUCCGCCCCAGUCUUACCACCCUGUACCCUCCAGGACCUUCUCCCCCUCAUGCUCUCCCUCACCCCGAGUAACACCCCACUGCGGCACUGCACUGAGUCCCUCGCACCGCCCCCCUCCAAAAGACCCACAGUUCUCGCAGUAUGACUCUCCCAGCUACUGCAGCUCCCCUUACUGGUACGGACAGACGUCGCACAGCAGCAGCCCCAGCCCGCACUCACACACCACACACACAAAUACAGCCGUGCACACACACAGCAACCCGCACACAAGUCCUCAUGGAAAUACACAUGGCAAUCCGCUCACUGGCCCAAAUGCGAACACACACAUGAACCCGAGUCCCCAUGACACACACCAUCACAAUACGCAGUCCCAUGCAAACCUGAGCUCACACACCAACACCCAUCCCACCUCACACCUCCAGAGCAAUCCCCUCUCCCACUCAAACCCUCACACCAACAAUCAACCCCACCACAACACACACACCAACCCCAACUCUCACCUCCCCUCCCAUACACACUCCAACCCCAGUACCAGCCUCCACUCAACACCUGUGCUUUAUGAGGAGUGCAGCCCUCCCUUGACCGUGCCCCCCCACAAGCGGGAUCUGACCCCCCAUGCUAUGAGCACAGGCCAUCGCCAGGGCGCCUUGCCUCACUCUCCAUACCCCAAACCUCCCCUGGACUCCUCGCCCCAUCAGGAGGACACUAGCGGCUUCUCCUUGUCCCAUCCAUCCUACCAGGGCAUGGGACACCGCUACCCCUCCCAGGCGGCUCAGGGAGGUGGGGUGCUGUGCCAGCUCCUGGACCCAACCAAUGAUGACAGCUUCAGUGUCACCAGCCUGUAACAGCAGGUGCAUUCAAUCCAAGCUUUUACAGAUUUGCAAACAUUUUUUUUUUGGUAAGGAG